AUGACCAACGUAGGAGGACAAGAAACUCCGAAAAGCGACACAGCCACGUUUUACUACAAAUCCGGCACGUCGCUGCCGUUCCGCCAGGAGCUUGAGAUAAACUUGCACAAGCCGUUGGCACCUAGAAGCCCACCCACGCCACAGCUCGAAAAGCAGAUCAGUAGCGCCGAUACAUUCACUAAUAUCCUCAAACAACGUUCCGCCGUGUACAAAGAAACGGCCAUGGUGGUGCUCGACGUGCGCGGCAAGGAGUUUUCCGCCGUGACGUGGGAUAAACUCCUCGCGCGGGCCGAGGCCAUUGGCCUGUACCUCCAGAACAAACAUAAGCUUCCGCGAGGCGAGCGCAUCUGCUUGGUAUACAAAAAUGAUGAAAUGAUUGAGUUCACUAUGGCGCUCAUGGCAUGCUUCAUGGGCGGCUACGUCGCCGUACCCAUUCCGCACUACGGCAAGGAAAAGGACAUAUUCGAAAUGAUGAACCAAUCGGUACCGUCGCUUGCAUUGCUCUCGGACACCGCUAGCAAGCGCUUUGACACGCUCAGGGAGAAUUUGGGUGCGGGUAACUACCCAUGGCCGCUCGUAGCCUCGUCCAAGACGUUCACGCCCAGGGAGCACGAGCUCGCAUAUGUCGAGUUUUCCAAAUCGCCCAGUGGCGAAUACAAGGGUGUGGUACUCUCUCACAAGACACUCUUUCACCAGAUGCACACGAUCGAGACGAUAGUGUCACUGCGACCGGGCUUGGAGCACCCUAUCCGCCGGUCUCUUAAGGGAUUUUCGCGGCACAAGCAAGUGGUUCUCUCGACUCUAUCGCUGCUCUCCUCUGUCGGGCUCAUCAUCGGCUGCUUGUUCCAGAUCUACACCGGAAACUUACUCGUGUGGGCACCGCAGGAGGUAAUGGAGACGCCUGGGUUGUACGCCAACAUUGUCACGCGACACCGUGUCAACGGCUUGCUCGCCGACUACAUCGGGCUCAAGGAGGUGAUCUUUGACUACCAGAGACGGCCGAACGAAACACGCACGUUCAACAACAAGGUAAAGGUGGACCUUGCAUGCGUAAAGUGGUGUCUUGUGAACGCCUCCACGAUCGACGGGGAGUUCCUCAAUCUCGUGUCUGAGCGGUGGUUGCGACCGCUCGGGUGUACGUCUCCACAGACCGCAGUCUGCCCCAUGCUCACGCUCAGCGACUUUGGCGGGAUGGUAAUCGCGAUGCGUGACUGGUUGGGCCCCGUGCCGGAGCUGACUGUGUCAAAGGCAGAAAGCUCGGAACUAUCGGAAGUGAUGAUUGACCGCAAGGCGCUCAUGCACAACAUGGUGAAACUCGUCUCUACCAAGGUCAGCCCAUCCCAGAAAGACACAUCUACGGCAUUGCGCAUCGGUUCCUUUGGUCACCCAAUCCCCGACUCCACUCUUGCGAUUGUGAACCCCGAGACGUACAUCCUCGCUAACCGCAUGGAAGUUGGGGAGAUUUGGAUCGACAGCUUGUGUCUCUCCGGAGGCAUGUUUGAGGGAUUUAAUGCCAAGAUCCGCGCCCAGAAUCAGGCCAUCUUCCAUGCGCAGUGCUUCGACGAAAAUGGGCUCAUCAACAAACAGUUCUUGCGAACCGGGUUGUUGGGCUUUACUCAUGAUGGUAAGCUAUACGUUAUCGGGCUCUAUGAGGACCGAAUCCGCCAGAACAUUGACCCCAAAGACACUGGUCCACUCGCCGCCGUGGCCGAGCGCGACGAAGAGGGCAACGAGCUUAUGUUGGGAAAUGGCAGCACCACCUACCACUACACAUACCAUCUUUCGUCCACCAUUGCCGAAAAGGUGCGCGAGGUGUACGAUUGCACGUUUUUCGACCUUAAUAUCAACGACGAGUACCUUCCAAUCGCCAUCGUCGAGACCAACAUCAACGACACGUUCAUGCCAUCCAUGGACCUUUUGCUAGACACCUUGGACGGCGUGUGUCUGAAGGUGUACCAGGUGUUGCGCAAGACACACAACUUGCACCUCUACUGCGUGAUGGCCACAGAAAAGAACGAGUUGCCGCGGAUCCUCCGCUCCGGGGGUAAUGAGAUUGCCAACAUGAUCAGUAAGCGGUUGUUCCAGGACGGGAACUUACGCAAGGCGCACUUUGUCAAGUUCGACUUCAAGAGCUCGUUGACCAAAAUUCCCUGCGGCGACGACCUCAUCGGGGGCAUCUGGUCUCCCUACUCGUCGUUUGCGCGAAGUGCGCGCUUGCUGCUGCACCUGAUGCAGGUGUCAUCCAUCGACUACCGCGAACACACGCUCGACGCAAAGUACAAGGCCCGUUUGACAGACUUCAAGUCCAUUCUCGACAUUCUCAAGUUCCGCUUCGGUAGCCAGGGCGACGAGGCCGCGUUCCACUACAUCGGGUCGUCCGAGAAGGACAACGUCAAGAUCAGCUGGAAGAAACUCGAGGCGUACAUAUACGGGGUAUGCACAUACAUCUUGACCAAGACGCCGCUCAAAUCUGGCGACCACGUCAUCUUGAUGUACUCGCUUUCCAUCGACUACAUCGUUGCGGUGUAUGCAUGCUUCAUGUUGGGCAUGGUGCCAAUUCCUAUGACGCCAUUCGACUCGCAGCGCUUGAAGGAUGAGUAUCCCGCAUUCAUCGCCACGAUCAAGAGCUACGGUGUGCGUGCGUUGUUUGUCAACGACGACAUCGAGAAGUCGUUCAAGUUCCACGCGCUCGGCGACGCACUUAAGCGUACCGCUCCGAAUUUGCAUGUGAAGAGCACUUCUGGGCUUCACAAGACCAAGCCAAUGCACUCCGGAAAGCUCCAUGCGAUGAUCGCCGAUUACCAGGCCAAGGCGCGCUUCCGUGACGAGGAAACCAUGUGUAUGAUCUGGCUCCACCCUGAAAUGCGCAACAUCGGUGCCGCCAUGAACCACAAGAGCCUCGUGGGUUUAUGCAAGGUGUUUAAGGAGACGUUUGAAAUGGCAAACGACCCGAUGCUCGGCUGUGUGCGUCACUCGUCCGGAAUUGGCUUCUUGCAGAGUGUGUUGAUGGGCGUGUUUCUUGGCUCCACCACUUACUUGUUGUCGCCAGUCACGUUCCGUGACUACCCGUUGAGCUUGUUCAUGGUGUUGUCCAAGUACAAGAUCCGCGACACGUUUGUCACCAACAACAUGUUGAUGCACUCGGUGGCGCAUGUGAAACUAGGCGCCUUUAAGUUGCACGGCUUGAAGAACAUGAUGGUGUACGAUGAAGGAAGAACCAAUCCGAUCGACUUGACCCAUGUGGCCAAGCACUUUGCCAGCUCAGGGUUGUUGUCCACCGCCAUGGCCUCUGUUUACUCGCAUGCGCUUAACCCGCUAAUCGCGUCCCGGUCGUUCAUGCCCAGUGCUCCGCUCAAGUUGUACCUCGAUCCGGUCACAUUGAGUAAAGGGAUGGUGAAGCUAGUCAACCCGUCAGAGACCCCUUACCACAUUGCGGUUCAAGACUCAGGCGUGGUACCGGUGUGCACCGAAAUCGUCAUUGUCAACCCGGAGACGUGCAAAAUCUGCCGCGAAGGCGAAAUCGGGGAAAUCUGGGUGUGUUCGGAGGGCAACUUGACUUCAUUCACAAACGGCACCACUGUGCCGAAGGACUACUUCCGGUUGAGUCAGCUCAACGGGAAGAUUGUAGAUGGAAACCCCCGGAUGACAUAUCUCCGAACCGGCGACUUGGGGUUCUUGUACUCUCUAGAUCUCAAGGGAGCUACCGGGAGCAAACCGGUUCAGCCGCUCUAUGUGUUGGGGAACAUUGCCGACACGUUCGAAAGUUUGGGCCUCCAUCACUUUUCGUUUGACGUGGAGCAGACCAUCAGCGACUCACACCGCAACAUCUUCCGCAACGGCGUCUUCCGGUGUAACGGUUACAUCAUCGCGGUGGUCGAGACCGACAGAGAGCUGCACCAGGCCGCGUUGGUACCGGUUAUCAUCAACAAGGUGUUCACUAAACACCGAUUAAUCAUUGACAUUGUAUCUUUUGUCGCCAAGAACACCCUUCCGUUGUCACAGUUGCGUAUUUUGCAGCGCUCCAAGAUCAUUUCUUCCUACAUUGGGAAGGAGAAGGAGGCAAAGCGUAUCCCGCUUUUGGUGUCAUUUGGGACAAACUAUGGGGAACCGGCGAUGGUCAAGGUGAUCAAGGAUAUCGAUGAGCUCGCCCCGAUAGAUAGCGAGAUACAAUCCAUCUACAGCUCCGACUCCCGCUUGACACACAACACUGUCUCUCACAGCUUGCGGUACGCGCCAUCUGAGACCACUGAGCUUGAUGACGAUUCCAGCAGCUUUGAUUUUAGAGGGCCCUUACAGACUGAUGACUGUUCGUUGACCCCUGCGGUCAGCGCAGAUACCCCUGAGGACCAGUCGCUCCACGAUUUUGACGAGAUGGAAUACAACUCUGAAUCAGAAGAUGAAAUUUUAGAGUGGUAUGGUUCGGAUACUGGUAGCGUUGAAGAAAAUUACGCCGGUCCAAAGCUUUCCGUGGUCAAUGUCUAG